AUGGGACAGACUGCCGUUACCCCCUUGAGCCUAACUACUGACCAUUGGUCGGACGUCAAAGGCAGGGGGAGCGAUGAAGGUGUAGUCAUCAAGAAAAAUAAAUGGAUGACCCUCUGUGAGGCCGAAUGGGUCAUGAUGGAUGUAGGAUGGCCACGGGAAGGGUCAUUUAAUCUCUCUCUCAUUUCAUAGGUUGAGGGGAAGGUGUUUGCCCCCAGCCCCCAUGGGCAUCCAGACCAGGUUCCCUACAUCGCCAUUUGGAGAUCCCUGGUCGAAAACCCAUUCCCCUGGGUCAAGCCCUUUCUCCCACAACCUCCCACUCCCCAGCCUUUGGCGCCUCCUAACCCCCUUUCUUCUCUCUACCCAGUCCUUCUCCGCAGGGAGCCUUCCAAGCCCCCUGUCCUUCCCCCUGAUCCUAAUUCUCCUCUCAUAGACCUUCUGACAGAGGAACCGCCACCCUACCAGCCGACCCCCCCAGCGUCACCCGCGGCCCCGGCGGCUGCGCCCGCGGCGGCCCCUGCUGCGGUGCCGGCCGCGGCCCCGGCGGCUGCGCCCGCUGUGGCUUUAGUCGCGAUGCCGGCUGCGACCUCCCCGGCGGCCGCGCCCCCCGUGAUGACCCCGCUCGCUGAGGACUCGGAGGAAGAAGAAGAAACAGUCCAGUCCCCCAUCGCGGGCCGACUCAGGGGCCGCCGAGCCGGGCCCCCCACUAAAUCCAAAGCCUUACCGCUUCAGGAAGGACCCAACCAUCAGUUACAAUAUUGGCCCUUUUCUGCCUCAGACCUUUAUAAUUGGAAACAACAUAAUCCCCCUUUCUCCAGAGAUCCUGUUGCCUUGACCGGCCUAAUUGAGUCCAUCCUAGUGACUCACAGGCCGACUUGGGACGACUGUCAGCAGCUCCUGCAGACCCUCUUAACCGUAGAGGAAAAGCAGAGAGUUUUCCUGGAGGCCCGGAAGCAGGUUCCGGGCGAUGACGGGAGGCCAACCCAACUCCCAAAUAUCAUCAAUGCAGCUUUCCCCUUGACCCGCCCAGACUGGGACUUCAAUACACCUGAAGGUAGGGAGCAUCUACGUCUCUAUCGCCAGUUGCUCUUAGCGGGUCUCCGAGCGGCCGCCAGAAGGCCUACCAAUUUGGCUCAGGUAAAGAAUGUGAUACAGGGAAAGGAAGAAUCACCCGCUGCAUUUUUAGAGAGGCUGAAGGAGGCUUAUAGGAUGUACACUCCGUAUGAUCCAGAAGACCCAGGGCAAGCACCAGGUGUCAUCUUAUCAUUUAUCUACCAGUCUAGCUCAGAUAUCCGAACCAAAUUGCAGCGGUUGGAAGGUUUACAGGCGCUAGGUUUGCCAGACUUAUUGAAGGAAGCAGAGAAAGUGUUCAAUAAGAGAGAAACUCCUGAGGAGCGUGAGGAAAGGAGAUGGCAGAAACAAGAAGAAAGGGACAAGAAACAGCAUAGGGAGAUGAAAAAGGUUUUGGCCGCCGUUGUGUCUCAGGGACAGCGGAGAGAGGGAGAUAGGUCGGGAGAGCGAAGGAGGCCACCCCUUGAUAAAGAUCAAUGUGCUUACUGUAAGGAGAAGGGACACUGGGCCCGAGAGUGCCCCAAGAAGCUACAAGGACCCCGCUGACCCAAGCCCAAAACCGUGGACCUCCUUAGUCUAGAGGACUAGGGGAGUCGAGGCCAGGAGCCCCCCCCUGAGCCUAGGAUAACCCUCAAGAUCGGGGGGCAGCCUGUGACCUUCCUGGUUGAUACUGGUGCCGAACAUUCAGUCCUAACCCAUGCCAGAGUGCCUCUUAGCCGGCAUUCUGCACUGGUGCAGGGGGCAACUGGAAACAAGAGGUAUUACUGGACUGCCGAGAGAAAGGUCCAACUGGCAUCAGGGCAAGUAACUCACUCCUUCCUGCAUAUACCUGAAUGCCCCCAUCCGCUGUUAGGACAGGACCUAUUAACCAAAUUGAAGGCACAAAUCUACUUUGAUGAGAAGGGACCAAGGGUCACGGGUCCUAAAGGAGACCCCCUACAAAUCCUUGCCCUCAGUUUAGAGGAAGAGUACCGUUUGUUUGAGGCAGAACCCCCGGAGAAAUCACCUGAGGAGCUACAGAACUGGCUGAGAGAGUUUUCUCAGGCCUGGGCAGAGAGGGGCUUGGGGCUGACACGCGAUCAGCCGCCGCUGAUGAUCUCACUAAAGGCCUCCGCGACUCCCGUUUCAAUCAGACAAUACCCAAUGUCACGGGAAGCUCAUGAGGGGAUCAAGCCCCAUAUUCGGAGGCUCCUGGACCAAGGGGUGUUAAAGCCCUGCCAGUCACCUUGGAACACCCCUCUCUUGCCUGUUAAGAAACCGGGGACAGGAGACUACAGGCCGGUCCAGGACUUGAGAGAGGUCAAUAAGCGGGUGGAGGACAUACACCCCACGGUGCCUAACCCCUAUAACCUUCUGAGCACCCUCCCACCGACCCACGUCUGGUACACUGUGCUAGACCUGAAGGAUGCCUUCUUUUGUUUAAGACUGCACCCUCAAAGUCAAAUGCUAUUCGCUUUCGAAUGGAGGGACCCAGAAAGAGGGCUCUCGGGACAAUUAACCUGGACCCGGCUCCCUCAGGGCUUCAAAAAUAGCCCAACCCUCUUUGAUGAGGCCCUACAUGCAGAUCUGGCCGGAUUCCGGGUCGAACACCCAACCCUGACUCUGCUCCAGUACGUGGAUGAUCUACUCCUGGCGGCCAGGAGUCGAACCGAGUGCCUGGAGGGCACUCGAGCCUUACUGGCCAGACUUGGACAAAAGGGCUAUAGAGCCUCAGCCAAAAAGGCUCAAGUAUGCCGAGACAAGGUUACCUACCUGGGCUACACCCUGAGCGGGGGGCAAAGAUGGUUAACAGGAGCAAGGAAGGAGACGAUAAUCUCCAUCCCCCCUCCUCGGAACCCCCGCCAAGUUCGAGAGUUCCUGGGUACGGCUGGGUACUGCCGCCUUUGGAUUCCUGGCUUUGCCGAAAUGGCAGCCCCAUUAUACCCCCUAACUAAACCAGGGACCAUGUUCCAAUGGGAGGAGAAGCAUCAGAAAGUGUUCCAACAGAUCAAGAAGGCCUUACUCGAGGCCCCGGCUCUGGGUCUGCCAGAUCUAACCAAGCCCUUUGAGCUGUUUGUGGAUGAGAACUCAGGUCUUGCCAAAGGGGUACUGGUGCAAAGACUGGGACCUUGGAGGAGACCUGUAGCGUACUUGUCCAAGAAAUUGGACCCGGUGGCUACGGGAUGGCCUCCAUGCCUCCGCAUGGUGGCAGCCAUCGCCGUAUUACUCAAGGAUGCCAGAAAGCUGACUCUGGGACAGCCGUUGACUGUGCUGGCCUCCCAUGCAGUGGAGGCCUUGGUCCGACAACCACCGGACAGAUGGCUUUCUAACGCCAGAAUGACUUACUAUCAGGCCUUACUACUGGACUCAGACAGGGUAAAUUUUGGGCCGAUAGUUUCCCUUAACCCUGCUACCUUGCUGCCACUGCCUAGCCCCUCCGAGGAGCAUGACUGCCUCCAGAUUCUAGCCGAAGCACAUGGCACCCGCCCUGAUCUGACAGAUCAGCCGCUUAAGGAUCCAGACGCUGUCUGGUACACAGACGGAGCGUUUCCUGGAGGAGGGGAACGCAGAGCUGGGGCAGCUAUAACCACCGAAUCAGAAGUGGUAUGGGCAUCGUCACUCCCGCCUGGGACAUCGGCCCAGCGCGCAGAACUGAUUGCGCUCACCCAAGCUCUCCGGAUGGCAGAAGGUAAGAAGCUCACAGUUUAUACUGACAGCAGAUAUGCCUUUGCCACUGCGCAUGUCCACGGGGAAAUCUACAGACGGAGAGGCCUGCUGACGUCCGCGGGUAAGGAAAUCAAAAACAAAAAAGAGAUCCUAGACCUCCUAAAGGCCCUGUUCCUCCAGCUCCAACUCAGUAUUGUCCACUGCCCAGGGCAUCAAAAGGAUGACUCUGCGGUAGCCAGAGGGAAUCGGCUGGCAGAUCUGACUGCCCGAACAGUGGCUUCCCAGCCAGCAGGAAACAGCCAGUUGAUGGCUAUACAAGAACCACAGCCUGAGAAAGACCCCGUGCCUUAUAGCCCAGAAGACCAUGAGCUAGCAAAGAAAAUGGGGGCGGACUGGGAACAAAGAAGAUAGGCAUAUAUACUAGGGGACCGGAUGGUCAUGCCAACCUCCCAUACCCGAUAUAUGCUGAGAUUCCUCCAUGCAUUGACCCAUUUGAGCAAAAACAAGAUGAAGACCCUAUUAGACAGAGAAAACACCUGGGCAGUGCUGCUGAACCAGGAUCAGGUACUCCAGCAGGUAACUUCUACCUGCCCAGCCUGUGCUCAAGUCAACGCAGGAAAGGUUCAUCUAAACAAGGGGGCCCGCCAAAGAGGCCAUUGUCCUGGUGUUCAUUGGGAAAUAGACUUUACAGAAGUAAAACCCGGACUCUACGGGUACCGGUACCUCCUGGUCUUCGUGGACACCUUUUCUGGAUGGAUCGAGGCAUUUCCAACCAAGAAUGAGACGGCUAACGUGGUAACAAAGAAACUGUUGGAAGAAAUCUUCCCCAGGUAUGGGAUGCCUCAAAUAUUGGGGUCGGAUAACGGGCCUGCCUUUGUCUCUCAGGUAAGUCAGAAGGUGGCCAAACUAUUGGGGGUUGAUUGGAAACUCCAUUGUGCAUACCGCCCCCAGAGCUCAGGACAGGUAGAACGAGCUAAUAGAACAAUCAAGGAGACUUUAACCAAACUAACGCUUGCAACUGGCACUAGAGAUUGGGUGCUCCUACUUCCCUUGGCUCUCUACAGAGCCCGAAAUACUCCUGGCCCACACGGCCUAACCCCUUUUGAAAUCAUGUUUGGGGCCCCACCUCCUGUUGUAGAUUUUCUUCACCCUGAUAUCUCAUCUUUUAGUACCAGCCCCACUUUGGAAGCACAUCUCCAGGCCCUCCAGCUGGUGCAGAAGGAAAUCUGGAAGCCACUGGCUAGAGCCUAUCAGGAGCAGCUGGACAGGCCAGUGGUCCCCCACCCCUUCCAGAUUGGAGAUUCCGUCUGGGUCCGGCGCCACCAGACCAAGAACCUAGAGCCACGAUGGAAGGGGCCCUACACUGUCUUGCUGACCACCCCCACUGCACUCAAGGUCGACGGGAUUGCUGCAUGGAUCCACGCCUCUCAUGUGAAGGCUGCCAGGGAAAACGACCCAGCGGGAUCCAGAAAAUCAACAUGGACAGUGCGCCGCACACGAAACCCCUUAAAAAUAAGGUUGGCCCGCUGCUCCUCUUCCUCCCCCUCCUCUUAA